CAGCCACGUGAACCCGUGUCACCGUCGUAUAAAAAUGUUAAUUAAUUAAUUUCAAGUGUAUUAUUUAAUUGAUUUUGUUAUCCAGUUCUGCCUUGAUCGCAGAAUGUUCUACAUAUUCAUCAUAUCUUGCCUGCUAAUAGCGUGUAGUGCCGAAUUUAGUGACGAGCAUCACGUAUACGAAAAGGAGUGUCUUGGCGAAGAUAAGUUCACUUGUCUCGACGGAGGCUGCAUUUCUCACGAUCAGUACUGCAAUAAUAAAACUGAUUGCGCUGAUGGCAGCGAUGAGAACUUCUGCCCGGACCAUCCCCCCGACGAGCAGUUAUGCAACACGACCCACCAGUUCAUGUGCCACGACGGACAGACCUGCAUCCCCUCCGAGUGGGUCUGCGACAGCCAGCCCGACUGUAUUGACGCCAGUGACGAAGUUAACUGUACCGCGCUGGCUGCAAUUGCGAACGCUACCUGCAAGGGGUUUAAAUGUGGCGACGAUACCUGCAUCUCUAGCCUAUGGAUGUGCGACGGACACUACGAUUGCGAGGACCGAAGCGAUGAAGACAUCGAGAAAACUUGCAGGCACUCCUUGAACUCGCACUUACUGGACACCGGGCCCUCGUGUUUAGAGUUCUCUCCUAUGGACACUCGCCAGUACAAAUGCUUGGACGAGUCCUUCUGCCUGACGCCGGGACGAAUGUGUGAUAACAUCACGGACUGUAGGGAUGGUAGCGACGAGGGACCGUUUUGUGCAAAGUGGCACACGAUGUGCGUUAACAGCACCUGUCCGGCCUUCAACACGACAUGCUCCCCCGACCGCGACGGCCGCCAAUGCCUUUGUAACCCCUCCCCGAGCGCCCACCGGUACAAUGAAACUACCAAGACAUGUGAAGACAUAGACGAGUGUCUCUCAGAACUGCCUCAGUGCAGCCAUUAUUGCACGAACUUCCAAGGCCAUUUUCGGUGUAGUUGUGAACAUGGAUAUGUCUCGGAUGUCUUCCGGUAUCUUUGCUUUGCUGAGGGUCCAGAAGCAAUGCUUUUCUACAGCACUGAGAAGGAUAUUCGGUAUAUCAAGGUCAAAACCAAGCAAGAAGUUAUUGUUGCUACGGGUAUCAAAAAGAGCCACGGGGUGUCCUACGAUGGAAAAUAUCUCUACUGGGUAGAGACGGCGGAAGGACACCAGGCUAUAGUCAGAGCCCAGCUAGAGAAUGUCGCAGAGACAAAACAGAUUCUAGUGAGCCUAGGUCUAUACGACGCGGGUGACAUAGCAGUGGACUGGUCAGGCAACAUCUACUUCACCGAUACGUCCCGUGGCGCCAUCUAUGUUUGCACCGGAGACGGUUCUGUGUGCGCUCGCAUCUAUACAGAAGCAUUGAGACCUAAAUUUGUUACACUAGAUGUGAAAAAAGGACAAAUGUACUGGGCAGACGUGGCCAGUCUCCAGGGAGGUCACGUGAUCAUGCGCGCGCGCAUGGACGGAUCCGACCCCGAGGUUAUGACAGCGAGCCUGAAUAACUUUGCAAAAGGUCUUGCCCUGGAUGCACCCAAUCAACGGCUGUAUUUCGUCGACAAUACUAUCAUGGUGCUCAUGACAGACACAAAACAACUCUAUCCCCUCUUCAAAUUGCGAGUCCACCACCCCUACUCGUUGGCCGUGUUCGAGAACACAGUAUACUGGAGCGAUUGGACCUCCAACACCAUACAGACCAUAGACAAGAUACAUCUGGAACAAAAGAAGAGUUAUCUCAUCAAGCUCCAGGCUCCAGUCUAUGGAAUGCACAUCUUCCACCCAGUGCUGUUACUCGGCCGGGAGUCGAACCCGUGCGCCCACCACACGUGUUCCCACCUCUGUCUACUCACCUCCAACGCUACCUAUUCUUGUGGAUGCCCUGCCGGCAUGAAACUCAACGGAACAGUUUGUUAUAACGAACCCAACUACCGCCCACAAUACCUAAUCGUUGGCGCCGGCUCGUCCUUCACAAGAUUCAGAUACGAUACUCUUGGCAACCCUGAGGCUCAUGCUGCUACCUUCGAUAUAGGAAGAGUGCAGUCUAUGGCGUAUGAUAAUAGACGAGACAUCCUGUACAUAUACGAUGGCAUGCGCAAGUGUAUAGUGAAGAUAGAAAUGGCGGACUUCACACUCGGCGUCACACACGUGUUCGCUUUCAGCGGGCUUGAGAACGUUGUUGACAUGGAUUACGAUCACGUGACCGACAAUCUGUACGUGCUGGAUUCUGGCCGGCGGUUCCUGGAAGUGUUUUCCCUGAAGGACGGCAAGAGGGCGUUACUCCACCGCUUCCCUGAUCAAGAGAUACCUGUCAGCUUCUGUAUUCUACAGCAUUUCGGGAGACUUCUCGUAGCUGUAGUGGAGAGUGAGCAGAAUAAUGAACUACAUAUUGACAGCAUUGGCUUAGACGGUGACGAGAGAGAACACCAACACGUGUUAUUGAACAAUUUGAAAGGACCCCGCGUGAGACUUCGCAGUCUGCAUGACUCCGACAUGGUGGCUAUAUCAGACGAGGGCAGCAACACCAUCGAGUUCCUCCAUCUACGGACGUUGCCUAGAGAUUUCAAACAAGAUCUCAGAAAACGCAUUCCGACACCCGCAAGCAGCUUGGCCGUGACUAUGCCUUACAUCUUCUGGUCUGAUGGGAGGACUUCUCGAGUGUUCUGGGACGAGUAUAUGUUGGCAACGACUACGCCGAGGCGCGUCGAGCUGUCAAUAUUCCCGAACGCAAGUCACCUUCACCUCCAAGCGACAUUUACUCCCGGCUCCACCCCUCCCGUUCCCCACCCUUGCACCAACAACCCUUGCUCCCACAUCUGCGUCCAAACCCCCACCCUCCCCAUCUUAGGCACCUUCCCCGCCAUCGAAAAACCGACCUCUUACAAGUGCCUUUGCCCCCCUGGAUUGCUAGUUGAAGGGGGUAAUUGUACCAAGCUGGCAGAGUGUAAAGGGGAUGAGGCGUAUUGUUACAAGAGCAACGAGUGUAUACCGGUGAUUAAGAGGUGCGAUGGGGAAAGGGAUUGCAAGGAUGGGGAGGAUGAGGAAGAUUGUUCACCGAGUACUCCUGGCCCGAGGAAAUGUCUCCCCAAUCAGAUUGAAUGUAACGGCGGUUGCAUUGCAUACGAUGAGAUUUGUCCGCAAGAAUCCACGGCAACUUUUACGCCGCCGUUUUACUGCGAGUUCGACCAGUUCCAAUGUCGCAACAGUAAGAUCUGCUUAGAGCGCGAGCAAGUCUGCGACAAGCACCAAGACUGCCCGGACGGCUCGGACGAGGGCCCGCUGUGUCACACGCUGCGCUGUCUCGACACUGAGUUCAUGUGUACUUCCGGCAACUGUAUUCUGGGCGGUUGGCGAUGCGACGGCGACGCAGACUGUACAGACGGCUCCGAUGAAGUUGACUGCGCGAACCGGACAUGCAACGUGGGUUCUUACCAGUGCCGGAGCGGUCAAUGCGUAGAGAUCCAGAGACGCUGCGACGGUCAGAAUGACUGCUUCGACGGUUCCGACGAGGAACGCUGUCAGGAACCUAUCGAUACGGUUCCAUCGUGCCCGGAAGGAGAAAUUCCCUGCGAGCUCAAUAAGACAAUAUGUUUCCCACAGACAGCUUGGUGUAACAGCAAGGACGACUGCCCCGGAGGCACGGACGAACACAACUGCUCCGCGUGCGUACCCAGAGGCUUUUACGAGUGCACGCAGGAACGGAGAUGCCUAUCUAUGACAAAUGUGUGCGACCACAACAGGGAUUGCAAAGAUGGCUCCGACGAGACACCUGAUGCUUGCGAACUAGUGAACAGGACAUCCCGCGUAUUCUCCGUUCCAUACCCUCCAGCGGUGUGCAACCACGGGUUCCUCUGUCGCACCGGCCAGUGUAUAGAGUUUGAGGGGGUUUGCGACCAGACACCAGAUUGUUUCGACGGAUCGGAUGAGAACGGGCAAUGCUUCACAGCCUGCGAGAACACCACCUGCUCCGACGGUUGCCAGGCAACGCCCGUCGGCCCACACUGCACCUGCAAGCACGGCUACGAACUCCGCCCCGACAAACACACCUGUGGUGACAUCGACGAGUGUCCAGAGGACAUGUGUGCUCAUCACUGCCAGAAUACGCCUGGGUCGUUCUUGUGUUCGUGUCGCCAUGGGUACACGUUAAGGUCGGACCGUCGUUCCUGCAAAGCGAACAUUCGCGCGAUCAAGUCUGUACUGUUCACGACACUGUACUCCGUGCGGUCAGUAUCGGACUUGGGCGUUAUUCACGUGGAAUUCAGUGAUAAGAGACUGGGGAAUCUUUCUGAUGUUGACAUUGAUUACUCGAAACGAAGAUUUUACGUGACGGCACCAGAUGCAGGCAGACUGAUAGAAGUGGCUUCAAAUGCGGAAAACAGCACUGCUUCAAACUAUUACAAAAAUAGGGCAUUAAUUCCUCAAAAUGACACUACUAUAACCUAUGUUACAAAUAUCGGGAGACCCACCAAGAUGACAGUAGAUUGGGUGACAGGCAACGUAUAUUUCGUGGAUGCCAAAAGCACUGAACCUUGUAUCAGGGCAUGCAAUUUCGACAAAAAAAGGUGCGCCAGGAUUAAAACUCUGCCCGCGGGGGGUACGUUCCCCUCUUUAGUGGUAUCUCCAGAGAACAGGAAACUCUACUACAGUGUGAACUACAUGAACACCAGUAAUGUGUCGAGCGUGGACCUCGACGGGCUGAAUGAGAAACGGACCUCAUUCUAUGGCACCACCAUCGGUUUGGCGGUGGAUGGGCCUCUUCUGUACAUGGCUACUCGAUUUGGGAUGUACGUUAUCGACCCGGGACGGUCUUACAAGACUAAAGACUUUCGCGGCUGGUCCGACCAGAACCCAACAAUCAUCUACGUAUUCGAAGACUACCUCUACGUGCUUAACAACCGCCGUAUCUUCCGCUGCCUGAACUACGGAGCAAAAAUCUGCUUGUCGUUCAUCUCUCAAAUGCCAGAAACGCAGUCGUUCGUCCUUUGGCACCCGAGUAUACAAAGACUGCUAAAGAACGACUGUCAGGAUUUCCUUUGUGAGAAUCUGUGCGUACUAAGUGAGAACGGACCGAAGUGUCUGUGUGAGGACGGAACUGUGGCUAAAGAUGGUAAAUGUACGCUGCUUGAGAAAGAUUUGGUACCUCUCUUCAACGGCGUACCGGCACAAAGCUUCAUCCAGGAGUCGUACCAAUUAUCGAUCACCGUGAUCACCAUCACGCUUUCCCUGUUCGCCAUGUAUCUCGGCAUCUACUGUUACUACAUCCGCGUAGUCCGAAAGGGACCGGACACUCUGCCGGUCAGAUUCCAGAACCAACCGUCUGUCAGCGGCUCGGAGUCGCAAGCACCAACCAUAGAUAUGCCAACUGCAAGUGGUUCCCGGCACGAGUUCGUCAACCCACUGCAGUUUGUUAGAGAUGCUUGGCAGAGAUCGUUUAGGAGCAACAGACCCAUUGGCACGGCUGGUCUGACCAUCGAAGUACCAACACCGGACGAAAAUCUAUCGGAUACAGAGUCUGAUCAAGACUUAAAGGACGAGAGAAAUCUUAUCAAAUAAGUAUAUGUAUGUCGUGUUCCUUGUCUCAAGGGUCCUCAUUCUUGCUGGGUUUCCCCAUAUCUAUCGACGCGAAAUCUGCUCUAACCGAUCAAAAAUUGCUCAUUAGCAUGAAGGGUCGUCGCUAAACGUAUGUUCAUACUAACAAGCGUUUUUUGGUCAGCAAAAGUUGAUUCCGUGUCGAUUGGUUUGGAGAGACCCUUACAGUACAUACGGCGCUACUUAUCGCACUAGUGUGCAAGUAGUACUUUAUGUGCAUAUGUAGAAACGUACGAGACACGUGCGAAGAGGAAAUUCGUGACUCGUGUUGAUUAAAAACGGAGCGUUAGUCUUUCCGAAUUUGUUAUUUUUCACACUCGUUCCUAUAAUGUAGGUAUAUUGUACUAUUUUAAUAGAACUCUUAUUUGUUAGGUUAGAUACUAUUAACUAUUAUAAUGAUAGUUAAGAUUGAAUUAAGUAUGGUGUAUACCUGUAUAUCAUCUUUUAUGCUUAGACGGCGAAAUUAAUGUAUGCAAGAAAAUGUAUAUUACCUAUUGUGAAUCCUAAUGUUUAUUAUGGUGAAUAUAAUGUAAAAAUAAUAAUUGAUCUGGAUUAUAAACAACAAUAAGAUUCUCUUGUGGACAUACUCAAAUUAAAGUAAUAUUAAACUUUAAACAUAAUUAACCAUUGUAGUAAAGUUUUUACUUUAAGCGCGAUUAACUAAUGUCCACAGAAGAGACCAAUUUUGUAUUAAAAUUUCUUAAAUUUAAUUUUUGAAUUGUGUCAAUGAUUAAAAUAAUGUUUUAUACUUA